GAGAGUGAGUGUGAAAGGAGGAGGGAUGAAGAAGGUUGCAUUGUGCCCAGACUUAUUCUGCAUAGUUGAAGAGAGAGGGAGAGAGGAACAGUCUAGCAGGGUCUUGUUUUGUGUGCUGCAGUCUCCGUUUGCUGUAUCAAGGGUUUUGGCCAUGCUGUUUGCUUUGCCUAAACUUGUACUGUGUGUGUCUGGAGUGCUAUUUCAUGCUCUUUUAGCAAGGGCAAGUACACACACAGUCCUUGAUCCCGGGUUCUUCCAGUGUCAAGAGUGCUUUUUCAAAAGCACACCUCCACAAUCAUUGUCUGAUUUGGGUUUGGAGCAGAAGUGUCACAAACAUCUGACCGGACGGCCUUUUGCAUCACUCUAUAACACCAACUGCCAGUCUGUCGUUUAUACAGCCCUUCAACUCAGCCUGACUAAUGGAUGGGGCAGAGGAGAGCACAGUAAGCAGGAUGCAGAAGAAGAGAUCAAUGAAGAUUCCCCUGUGGCCAUCCCAGCUCUUUACACAGGAACAACGGAAGAAACUCCCUCAGACUCCCCUUUCCUGAAGUGGGAUGCUCUGACAGCAGGACUGAUACGUAGAUCAGCCAUACCGCUAUGUUCAAAGACAAGUGGGGAAAUGUAUGUGCAGAGUGGCGUGGGAGAGUUUAAUGAGUGUGGGGUGAACGUGUUGUGGUCAGCAGUGUGUUGUGCUGCUUCAAAUGGGCAUGACAGCUUCAGUGUUGGGCUAGUGAAGGAGGGGAUGGUGAGGGCGGUGAGCGUUCAAGCUUUAGAGGAGUUGAUCGGUAUUUCAGGGCUGUUUUCAGGAGGCUGUGGUGAGAUAGGUGGCCAGAGAGAAGAGGAGCUUAUGUUGCUCUUUAAUGAGCAACUAAAUGGCAUGAAAACACACAGUUCUGAUGGACAGAGUGAGAACCACAACAGUCAGGAUGCAGGUACAUCAGACCCAGAAAAUGAGGAAACAACAUCACAGUCUGUCAAUGAAGCCCAAAGCUACACAUCUUCCUUGAAGUCGCAGAUGGAUCUUCAGGAGAGCAGCAAUGAGACUGAGAACUCCGAGACUGGAAGUGCUCUGCUUUACAUUCUGUCGUCCACCAUCUCUCUUCUGUACAUCCCUUUCUCUCCCAUCGUUAACACGGUCACUAACCUUCCCUCCCAACUCACAUAUAUUCUACAGGAAGAUAUGGCUGUUCUAGCCUCUGUGCCUGGUGACAGUUUCACUUUGGUCAAUAACUUGGGCUCAGGAGUGUCAUCUGGGGUUUUGUGUGUGUUUAACACCCUCUACCAGACCGGGGAACUGAGCGUGUGCACACUAUAUGCCUGCCUCAGUCCAUUAGCCAACAGCCUGCUCCAGGCAUUCCAGGAUGGAUUUGUAGGCACAGGUACACUGGCGUGGGAUGCCCUGGGUAUCGUGACAGGCACCGCUUGCAAUGGUUUGGGGGUUGGCAAGAUGGUGCUUGGGUCAGUCUGUAAUCAGAUGGUGGAUUACCUGUGUGCUUUGGGCUCAGAAUUGGGCCAGCAGGUGUCAUCAGUGGGUUGUGGGAUAGGAACACUUACCUGGAGAAGUGUAAAGGGGGCGGGCCACAUGUUCAACAUUGUUACAGCCAUUGUAGGAGGAGUGGUGGAGAAUUCAAUAGCAAAUGUACAGGAAGCUUUUGGAGGGAGUUUUGGGGAAUCAUCUGAAUUGCAAACACCUGAAGUGCAGCCAUCUAUAGUGGCUGGUGAACAGAUUUAAUUGUGUGUAUGUGCCUGUUACCGCAUUAACACAUUAGCAUCCUAAAAAUGUCUUGCUGACAGAACAACAGAUAUUGACCAUAUUGCAUGCUUAUGACAUCAUGAAAAUACUGUUUUUAACACUGCCUUAAAACUUUUACAUUUUGUUAAGGUUGUGUUUUGGGCUGGAGUUUACUGAGCUGACCCUAGGUCUGAUUUGGAAAUAGAAGGUGCAAGAAGAUUUGUAUAUUACAAGGUGCUUAAAUGUUUAUUUCAAGUCUAAAAAAGAUGUAAAUGUUGUGAAAUGUUUAUGUCAUUAAAUCAGACACGAUGUGGCCUUGCUAUGUCAUGGUUUAUAUGCUGCAAUAAAUAUGCUGCAAUAAAGAAUCCUUUCUGUGAGUCAUGCUGUGUGAUGUAUAAUAUCAUAAAGACUCCUCUUCAAGAGAAUUUGCAUUGAAUCUGAAUAAAAAAAACUUUCA